AUGGCUUUGCCGAUGACGGUCCCAUUGCCUGUGCCGGUGACAGUGAGGGUGACGGUGCCCGUGCCCGUGGCGGUGCCAUUUUCACUGCCGGUUAUGGUGAUGAUUUCAGUGCCUGUGCCGAUGACAGUGCCUGAGCCUGUGCCGGUGACAGAGACGGUGAGAGUGCCGGUGCCGGUGGCAGUCCCAUUGCCCGUGGCAGUCCCAUUGCCGGUGAUGGUGCCUAUGCUAGUGCCAGUUUCGGUGCUAGUGCCGAUGGCUUUCCCUAUGCUGGUGAUGGUGCCUGUGCUAGUGCUAGUUUCAGUGCCGGUUCUGGUUCCCAUCCCAGUGCCCGUGCCGGUUUCGGUGCCUGCUCUUGUGCCAGUUCCUGUUCCUGUCCCGAUGCCUGUGCUGGUGUCAGCUCCAGUUCCGUUGCUAGUGCCCAAUGCCAAUCUCGGAGGAAACAUUGUGGUGAGUGAGAUCUACACAGUGGCCCGUGGUGGUCGGAAGACGACGGUGGUGGCAAUGAAAGAAAGGUGGGAGGCCCUUGAACACAGUGGCAAGGCUCGUCAAACCAAGGAGGGUGACAAAUUGGGCCUAGAGAAAUAG